AUGAAUAUUAAUAGUGCAACACCAUCAUUGGGUGAAAUUGACUAUCCAGCAUGGUGUCAGGAUGAUGAAGUACCUGUUACAACUUCUGAAUUGAGAGAGAUAUUUGAUGAAUUGACAGAAAGGUUUGGUUUCCAACAUUCCUCUAAGGAAAAUAUGUAUCAUCAUUUGUUAGCACAAUUAGAUUCAAGAGCAAGUAGAACUACUACAUAUACGGCUUUAUUAUCCUUACAUGUAUCAUAUAUUGGAGGUGAACAUUCAAAUUAUAGAAAAUGGUAUUUUGCCGCUCAACUAGAUCUCGAUGAUGAAAUUGGUUUUCAAAAUAUGAAAUUAACAGGUGAAUCAAGAAAGAGAAACUUUAAAUUAGCUAAGAAAAGAGGAACAUCGAUUAAUCAACAAUUAGAAGAAUGGAAGGAAAAAGAAAAGGAAUUCGAAGAUAAUCAUCCAAAGAUUGGUUUAACAAGAGAUCAAUUAGAAAAUGAAAAUAGCUUGAAGAUAGCUGAUUAUAAAUGGAAAUCAAUCAUGAAACAACUAACACCAAAGCAAAUGGCAAGACAAAUUGCUCUUUAUUUGCUUUGUUGGGGUGAAGCAAAUCAAAUACGAUUUGCUCCUGAGUGUAUUUGUUUCAUAUUUAAAUGUGCAUUAGAUUAUGAUAAUCAUCUAACUUUAUCUAAAUCUAAUCAAACCAUACCAGAAUAUGGUUACCUUAAUGAUAUUAUUACUCCGUUGUAUACUUUUUUAAAACAACAGAUUUAUAAAAAAAAUUCGAAUGGGGAAUGGGUUAAAAAGGAGAAUGAUCAUCAUGAUAUAAUAGGGUAUGAUGAUGUCAACCAAUUAUUCUGGUAUCCAGAAGGAAUUGAGAGAAUCAUAUUAAAAAAUUCAGAAAGGUUGGUAGAUGUGCCAAGAGGUGAACGAUACCUAUCUUUGAAAACUGUUACCUGGUCAAAAGUAUUUUACAAAACUUAUAAAGAGAGGAGAAGUUGGAUGCAUUGUUUUACAAAUUUUAAUAGAUUUUGGUUGAUUCAUUUUACGCCAUUUUGGAUAUUUACUUCCUUUAAUUCACCUACAUUGUAUACUAAAGAUUAUGUUCAGCUAUUAAAUAACCAACCAACAUAUCAAGCAAGAUUAUCAGUAAUGGCAUUUGGAGGUACUAUAACAUGUCUUGUCCAAAUAUUAGCUACAAUUUUCGAAUGGAGUUUUGUUCCAAGACGUUGGCCAGGAGCUCAACAUUUAUCAACUAGAAUGGCUGGGUUAAUAUUUUGUUUACUUAUUAAUUUUUGUCCAUCAAUUUACAUUUUUGGGUUCUUUGAUUUGAAUACUCAUUCAAAAUCGGCUUUUGUUGUCUCAAUAAUUCAGUUCAUUAUAUCACUAAUAACCACACUUUUGUUCUCAAUUCGUCCACUAGGUGGUUUCUUUGGAUCUUACCUCAAAAAGGAUGUACAAAAACGACGUUACAUAUCAUCACAAACUUUUACUGCCUCAUUUCCAAAACUAACAGGUAGGAGUAAAUGGUUCUCCAUUGGAUUGUGGGUAUUUGUCUUUUUGGCAAAGUAUCUUGAAUCUUAUUUUUUUCUUACAUUGUCACUUAGAGAUCCUAUUAGAGUGUUAUCUACAAUGGAUCUUUCAAGAUGCGGUGGUGAUUCUAUUUUUGGUAAAUCUUUAUGUGUUUGGCAAGCUCAAGUUACAUUGAUAUUAAUGUUAUUAUGUGACCUUUGUUUAUUCUUCUUAGAUACAUACCUUUGGUAUAUUAUUUGCAACUGUAUCUUUUCCCUGUUACUAUCUUUGUCUUUGGGGACAUCUAUUUUUACACCUUGGAAGAACAUUUACUCAAGGUUGCCCAAAAGAAUUUAUUCAAAGAUCAUAUCUACUGUUGACAUGAACGCAAAAUUCAAAUCAAAACUAUUAGUAUCUCAGAUCUGGAAUGCCAUUAUUAUAUCCAUGUAUCGCGAACAUUUGCUCUCAAUAGAACAUAUUCAACGAUUAUUAUAUCAACAAAUGGACUCGACCUUACUUGAUAGCAAGACGUUACGUUCCCCUACAUUUUUCGUUGCCCAAGAUGAUUCAACAUAUAAAUCAAUGGAAUUUUUCCCAAAAAACUCCGAAGCUAAAAGGAGAAUUUCUUUCUUUGCACAGUCAUUAUCUACUCCAAUUUCAGAGCCUAUACCAGUCGAAUGCAUGCCAUCAUUUACUGUCAUAGUCCCACAUUAUUCAGAAAAAAUUAUACUAGGUUUGAAAGAAAUUAUCAAAGAAGAAUCCUCAGGAAGCAGGAUGACUGUCCUGGAAUAUUUGAAACAUCUUCAUCCAUUCGAUUGGAGUUACUUUGUUCGGGAUACAAAGUUGUUAGAUAUUGAAAACGAAGUUAAAAUGAAAUUAGGCACUGAUGCCCAAUCUAGAAUGAUUUUCGAAUCCACUAAUACAGCACAUUCGGACAACAGUAACGCUUUCCUAAAUAAGGAAGAAUGUCGCGACGCAGAAAAAUUAGUUCAGGACAAAAUUAAUGAGCUUCCCCUCGACCUUUUUGGGUUUAAGUCAUCGGAUACAUCAUAUACACUUAGAACAAGAUUAUGGGCAUCUUUAAGAACCCAAACUUUAUAUCGAACAAUUUCAGGGUUUAUGAAUUAUGGGAAAGCAAUUAAACUACUUCAAAGAAUUGAAAACCCUUCCUUAUUGGAAUAUUUCAAUAACGAUCCUGAUGCUUUAGAAAACUGUUUGGAUAAUGUUGCAAACCGUAAAUUUCGUAUGCUGGUUGCAAUGCAACGUUAUACCCAAUUUUCAAAGGAUGAAAUAUUAGAUACCGAAGUACUAUUAAAAUCCUAUCCAAACAUCCACAUAUCCUAUCUGUCCAUUGAAAAGGAUUCCACUUUAAAUGAGCCAAUAUAUUAUUCUUGUCUGACAAACGGCUUUGCUGAAAUCAAUAAUGAAACUGGGCUCAGGAAACCAAUUUUUAAAAUUCGUCUGUCUGGGAAUCCUAUCCUCGGGGAUGGAAAAUCUGACAAUCAAAACAAUUCCAUCAUAUUUUACCGUGGUGAAUACAUACAGGUAGUAGAUGCCAAUCAAGAUAAUUAUUUAGAGGAAUGCCUCAAAAUAAGAUCAUUGCUUAGCGAAUUUGACGAAUUAGACCUUGAAAACCCUGUCCCAUAUAUUCCUGGUAUUCAAUAUGAAGAGGAAUCUGCACCAAUUGCAAUUCUUGGAGCAAGGGAAUAUAUUUUCUCAGAAAAUAUAGGUGUUCUGGGAGAUAUAGCUGCUGGAAAAGAACAAACAUUUGGAACAUUAUUUGCUAGAACAUUAGCAGAAAUUGAUGGAAAGUUACAUUACGGUCAUCCAGAUUUCAUUAACGCUAUAUUCAUGACAACAAGGGGCGGUUUGUCGAAAGCUCAGAAGGGAUUGCAUUUAAAUGAAGAUAUUUAUGCUGGUAUGAAUGCAUUGUGUCGUGGAGGAAGAAUAAAACAUAGUGAUUAUUACCAAUGUGGGAAAGGGCGGGAUUUAGGCUUUAGCUCUAUCCUAAAUUUUACAACAAAAAUUGGUGCCGGCAUGGGUGAGCAACUAUUAUCACGGGAAUAUUAUUACUUAGGAACUCAAUUACCAAUGGAUAGGUUUCUUACAUUCUUUUAUGCCCAUCCAGGGUUUCACUUGAAUAAUUUAUUUAUUUCAAUGUCUCUUCAUUUGUUUUUUCUUUUGUUAAUAAACCUUGGUUCAUUAAGUCAUGAGACUAUCCAUUGUUACAAAGUGAAACAUUCGCUUCUUACAGAUUUACAAAGGCCUAUUGGGUGUUACAAUAUUGAUCCAGCUCUUCAUUGGGUGUCAAUUUUUGUCCUAUCAAUUUUCAUUGUUUUCUUUAUUGCCUUUGCUCCAUUACUAAUUCAAGAAUUGCUGGAGAAAGGUGUAAUAAAAGCAUUCGUUAGAUUUUUACAUCAUCUGUUUUCGAUGGCGCCAUUAUUUGAAGUAUUCGUAUGCCAAAUAUAUUCUAAUUCAUUAUUAACUGAUAUUACUUUUGGGGGAGCAAAAUAUAUUUCGACAGGAAGAGGUUUUGCUAUAACAAGGGUUAAUUUUUCAGUGUUAUAUUCAAGGUUUGUUACAACUUCUAUCUACUCAGGAUUGCAAAUAUUUUUAAUGUUAUUAUUCGCUACGGCAUCAAUUUGGCAUCCAGCGUUACUGUGGUUUUGGUUAACUGUAAUAUCACUUUGUUUUGCUCCAUUCAUAUUUAACCCUCACCAGUUUUCUUUUUCAGAAUUUUUUAUUGAUUAUAGAAAUUUUCUGUUUUGGUUAUCAUCAGGAAAUUCUAGGUAUAAAAAGGAUUCAUGGGCAACUUUUGUGAAAACAGCAAGAGCUCGUUUCACUGGUUACAAAAAACUUUUAAUAACGGAUUCAUCAGAGAAAGAUAGAGAUGAUGCCAAAAGGGCUAACUUUUGGAAUAUACUGUUUCCUGAAUUAUUGAUUCCAUUGUUUGUGGUUUUCUGCAAUUUCCUUGCUUACACAUUUAUUAAUGCACAAACUGGUGUAAAAAAUAUCGUUCUGACGAAUUCUCUUGUAAGGUUGCUUUUAGUAUCAUUAUUACCAAUUUUUUUAAAUAUGGUAAUUCUAUUAAUUUUAUUUUUUGUAUCAUUUAUCGGUGGACCUAUUAUAUUAUGUUGUAAUGCUAAUACUGGCGCCACAGUUGCCUUCGUAGCCCAUACUUUUUCUGUCCUUUUCUAUAUUAUAUCCUUUGAAUUAAUGUGGCUUUUGGAAGGCUGGGUAUUUACGAGGACCUUGAUAUUAUUCAUUACAUCUAUAAAUCUUCAACUGCUAUUGUUCAGAAUAGUUACAUUAAUUUUCUUAACUAGAGAGUUUAAAAGUGAUAAGUCUCAUUUGGCGUGGUGGAAUGGAAGAUGGUAUCGUACUGGGUUAGGUUGGAAUAUUAUUUUACAACCGAUGAGAGAAUAUGUGGUUAAAGUAAUGGAAUCUUCAUAUUUUAGUGCAGACUUUUUCUUGGGUCAUUUUCUACUUUAUUUCCAGACUCCAUUACUCUUCGUUCCUUUUAUUGAUUACUGGCAUUCUAUCGUCUUGUUUUGGCUUAAACCAAGACAGGUUAUAUGGAACAAACGGUUACAUACUAAAAAACAAUUAAAAAGAAGAAAUAAGAUUGUUCAAAAAUAUUUUGUUUUUUACAUUUUUAAUUUGAUAAUAAUGUUAGGUUUAAUUCUGGCCCCUAUACUUGCUUAUAAAUAUAUACCGGAUAUUGAACAACAUUUUUUUGAUACUCCAUUAGAAAUGUUAUUGCAACCUAACAAACAAAAUAAUAAUGAUACUGGAACAAAUGCUCCUUCCUAUAUUCUGAGAACGACACCUAAGUUAAUACCUUUUAAAACCGUGAUGUAG